AUGUUGAAAGCAAGGUUUGAAGCAUCUGGUAAUGAAAAGCCUGAAACACAAACUCCAAAACCAAAUGUAAAUCCUAAAGUAACACCUGGGCCUCCGCCACCUAUUAAGAAACCUGGAUUUGGAAAUCCUAGCAUACCUUCAAAGCCAAGAAACUCUGGUCUAGGCCCUCCGAUGCCUACAAAACCUUGGGCGAAAAAGCCUGAAAAUAUGUCACCACCAACUACAAAUAGACCUUUAUCAACAAAAAGUAAUAUAGACAUGCCUAAACCAAGGAAAUCAGAAUCAAAUGAUGAUGAUACUGGGGCACAUAAAGUAAGUGACUUAGCAAAUGUCCUUAAAGCAAAGUUUGAAAAUAGACAAAAUGUAGGGGAUUCACCUGGAAAUGAAAUAGGUCAAAGGGCAAGUAAACCAUUACCACCUUCAAAAGCUGCAAUUAAACCAUUCCAGAAACCAGCACGGCCAUCCACCCCUCCAUCACCAAGGAGCAAUUUACGAAAAAAUCAAGGGAGACAACUUCCUUCUCCACCUAUUGCAAGAUCAAAUUCCUCUGGAAUCAAAGAUAAUGAAGGUUUGGAUCCCAAAAAAUAUUCAUCCCGCCCACUGCCACCACAACCAAAUCCUCCAGUUAAGAUGGACACAACAAGCAAACCCGCAGGGAAGGUAUUCCCAGCAUUACCAGUUAAACCAAAGUCUCCAGGUCCAGCAGCUCAUUUCAGAAGGGCAGAUUCAAGUGACGGUAGUGAUUCUAAUGAUGAUUCUAAACCGGUUGGAGUUUCUAAUCUUGCAAAUGCAUUAAAAGCAAAACUUGGUGUUAAAGGGCCUGUUGUUGAAGAAAGCUCUUAUCUCACACCAGCUGAUGAAGAGGUUAUAAAUAAUCUUAAAAGUGAUUCUGACAUUGAAAAUAACAAUGUAGGUAGUGAUAAUCUGUACACUGCUAUUGCUGAUUUUGCAGGACAUAAUGAGGGAGAGAUAAGACUUGUGCAAGGCCAGCAGGUUGAACUUUUAGAAACUGCAGAGGGCUGGUCAUAUGUAAGUAUUGGAGGAAACGAAGGCUGGGCACCAUCCACUUAUUUAGAGAAAGUAGGGCCUGGAACCAGUGAGGAACCAGGCAGUUGGACUGGUUCACAGUCUCUCAGUACAACACAGACUGUCUUUAAAGCUAAUGCGGAAUUUAUAGCAGAAAAUGAUGGUGAAUUAAGUGUAAGUGAAGGACAGGAUGUGAAUGUGUUAGACAAAGAGGAUCCAGACUGGUGGUUUGUUGAAACUGCAGGAAAUGAAGGUUGGGGUCCCAGCAUCAUAUAUUGA